AGGCGCUAGGACCCGGGACAUGUGCGCGUUUUAGUUUUCCAGAGGGUGGAGACGGUGAACAAUGAGGGAGCUGACUGGUAGGACCAGCACAGGAGCAACAUCUGAGACCAAAUCCCCCCCUCCUCUCCCCUCACUCACCCCCCGAGUCCCGCUGGACCGACCGACGAAACACACAGACGGACUUGUCAGCGCGCAGUACGCUGAGUUUUGAGAAAUAUAUUUUUUUUGGAGACGCGCUGAUUAGUCCACGCGUGCUGCAGAGAGUAGAGAUUUACCGAGCCCCUCGCGUGGAUGUGAAUGAAUGGGUUCGCCUCCGUGUCUGUGUGUGUGUGGUACCGAAGUGGGUCAUGCGGACCACUGGAGGAGCAAAAGAUAAACACGCUGCACCCUCCUCCUCACGCUGCUGCUGCUGCCUGGCAGGUUGAGAUGGUGGGCGCUCAGAGGAGGGAUCCCAGCCUGUGUCCUCAUCUCAGAAGCACCCAUCAUCAGAUGAUGCUUUGAUUUAAUCCGCCUCCGAAGUAAGUCACAAACUGAAAAAGCAUCUCCAGACGCAGGACUGGAAUCAUCUUCUGAAGAAGGAAAGAAAGCACAACGCACGGACCUCAUCCAAGCUCUAUCAGCUGUUUUUUUUUUUUUUGUAUCUUUAAGAGACCUGCACGGUUCUCCUCGCACCUUCUGUUACUGAUCGAUAAUUCCCUCUACAACGAAGGGAUCCAUUCAUCCAUCAGUUUCCCAGCCGAUCAGAUCAGAUCAGAGCAGAGCGCAGCAGCUCUGCGCGCCGAGCGGAUGCAGGACCAUGGAGGAGAGAGACAGGUCGCCAGCAGUCUGCCGCACAGCGUCAAGGCGAGCCUAUCCCUAUCUCCAUCUGGGCCCGGACGGGUGGGUAGCGGUGGGGGCUCCCCUACGUCCAAAAUGGGCUACUGCGGAGGAGUUCCUGUGGAGGACAUGCAAGCCUUGGCCAUCACCUCUCUGUCUGCAGCAGAUGUAGCCAAACAGUAUGAGCACAUCAGAGAGCUGGGGAAGGGCACAUACGGGAAAGUGGACCUGGUGGCUCAUCGGACACAAGGCACCAAAAUGGCCUUGAAGUUUGUCACCAAGAACAAGACAAAGCUCAAAAGUUUCCUGCGGGAGUACAGUCUAACAGGCUCACUUAGCUGCAGCCCUUUCAUCAUCAAAGUCCUGGACGUCCUGUUUGAGACGGAGGACAGCUACGUGUUUGGACAGGAAUACGCUCCAGCUGGGGACCUCUUUGACAUCAUCCCCCCACAGGUGGGUCUUCCAGAGGAAAUGGUCAAACGCUGCAUGCAGCAGCUGGGCUUGGCCCUGGACUUCAUGCACAGUAAAAACUUGGUGCAUCGGGAUGUCAAACCGGAGAACGUGCUGCUAUUUGACCGUGAGUGCCGCCGCAUCAAGCUAGCUGACUUCGGCAUGACGAGGAGAGUGGGCUGCCGCGUGAAGAGGGUUAGUGGCACCAUCCCCUACACGGCGCCAGAGGUGUGCCGGGCGAGCCGCGCUGAGGGUUUCCUCGUGACUACCAGUCUGGAUGUGUGGGCGUUCGGCGUGCUGGUCUUCUGUAUGCUGACAGGAAAUUUCCCGUGGGAAGCAGCGCUGCCGGCCGACGCCUUUUAUGAAGAGUUUCGGCGUUGGCAGAAAGCGGGAUGUCCGGUGGGAACAUAUCCAUCUCAGUGGCGCCGCUUCACUGAUGAUGCCUUGCGCAUGUUUCAAAGGCUGCUCACCGCCGAGCCGGAAAAACGCUGCGGGGUCAAAGACGUCUUCUGCUUUGUCAAGUACGAGCUGGUCAGCGAGCUCAGGCGAAGAGCGUCCUGCAGAGCCAAGAGGGGCGAGAGGUCAGCCUCUGGAGUUUGCACCGGCAGUUGCACUUCCUCCUCGACCUCCACCACGUCCCGUUCCUCCCACAGACACCCCGAGCCCUCAACCCCUCCAGGGACGUCGUGCCUGCGCCCGGCGCCACUCAAACGCAGUGUCCUCUCCGACCCGUUGUCUCCCAGAGAAGAGUCUGGACCGCACCAGUCUCCAGGCCGAGACAAGAACAAAAGCCAGAUGGUGAUGGCGACUGCCAUCGAAAUCUGUGUGUGACUGCGCCAGUGUCAGCAGAGGAGGCUGGACGGCUUUUCACAGUUUAUAACAAGCUCUGAAGAGGUGUUAAUGACUAGCACAGACACUCCAGUGAAGCAGCAGAGGUACUUGAACAUGAAAUAGAAGCUCAGGAUCACAUUGCGGGCUGUGGAAAUGCAAAUCAUCAAUCAGCGGUAAACAUUUGGACAGCUUAUCACCGGCACAUGGCGUUUAGUUUUUGAUUUGUGACCAAAGACUGCUCAGCUGAGGAGCUCUGCUGGCAGUGUUUAAGAGUCUGCUGCUGAUGUUGCUCCUCUCCUCUCAGACACUUGUGUUGUUCUGUCUCUACACUGUGGUGGUGCUAUUUAUUCCAUCAUUCAAAACUCCAUAAAGACUGACUAAAGACUCACGCCCAUCACUCUACCUUUCUUUACUUGGGUUUAUUUAUUUCAGAAUAUUACCUCUGGGGAGGCCAAAACUGUUCAGUUUGGUGGUGGGUGGGUGGGGGGGGGAGGGGGGGGAGUGAUCUGGAGGAAAUCUACGCAAUUAUAUUCAACUGCCAUUUCUUGGACUUCCUGCCAACUUCCAAUGCAUAACGUUUGUCAAAGACUCCCCAAGAGAGGGUCUUACAAAAGAGCAAAACAGACAAAAAACAUGUUUUUUUUCCUGUAGCAGUUUGUACGAGAUGUAUUUUCAUGUAGGUGUCUAGACUUCUCUGUGAUAGGCAUCACCUCAGGACACUUCAGUGAAUCACUUCCUGUUUUAUUAGCACUGGAAACCCAUUAAAAGGCUGGACAACACAUCUGCCACCUUUUGGUCUGCUCCCAAUGAGAUUCAUGUCCAGUGUUCAGUCAAUAGAAAACAGAGAUUGUACAUUUUCUGACUAGAAAAAAAGGCAGGACAAGAAGAAGAAAAAAAAGUCCUUUUAUUGUUUUCUUUUCUACCUGUUGUGUGUGUGUGUGAUUGUGUGUGUACGUGUGUGUGUGUGUGUGUGUGUGUGUGUGUGUGUGUGUGUGUGUGUGUGUGUGUGUGUGUGUGUUUCAAAUGCUAAAGCACAAGUUUUGUAAAGGAGGACUAUUCUUAAGGUAAACUAUGACUCUGUAUUGUACAUAGUUUGAUAUUUCUAGGAGUGCAUCAUAAUAUCAGGUAGUUCAUCUAUGUAGCGGUACUACUUUUCUACAAAAGGGGGAAGGGGUUUUAAUGUUUUAUAGGUACUGUCUGGGUAAUGCACUGUAUGUAGCAACAAAAUAUGACAAAAUGUACAGUAUAUCACAAAAUGUAAUAUAGAGAAAUAUGAUCAUAGUGUAUAAAAUGGUAGCAGCUGCUCUUCUUUUUUUUCUUUUACUAUUUUGGGUUUUAUUUGAAUUGGACCAUGUUUUUUUGCCUCACAAAUUGGUAAUUAGGCUUCAAUUAUUUCUGCAGUUUCCUUUUAUAAUAACCGUUUCAUGAGCAACCUCAUUUCCCUGUGGUGCUUCCUGGUUGCCAGUGAUUACAGCCUGUUUUGGCUUGAUUUAAUCAGUUAAAGCGACUAAGGGGUGCUUUGCAGGUCCACACCUCACCUAUUAGUUUGCAAAGGGUGCUCCAGUAUUUGAUUUGCAAGAUUAUCUCCCAAUUGCAAUAUGUAGUUGUAAGAAAAAUCUUCCCUUCUUUUCUUGGAAACGAUCCCAAUGUAUCACAAGAACAUAACGGAGCCCGCAGGUGUCGAUCGUCUGGAGGGACGACCUUUGUGGCAGCCGGUGCUGUUCUGUUCUGUUGGUGAUUGAUCCUGAGCAGUUCACAUUCUCAGCUUUCAAACAGAUCCUUUUUGUUAUGAAAGCAAACUCCCAGUGAGAUCAGCGUGAACGCUUCAGUGCGUGCUCAUAACCAUCAGUUUUUCCAGCAUGAAUUGCAUUGCUGUUAUGUCAGUCUGGUGUGUGUGUGUGUGUGUGUGUGUGUGUGUGUGUGUGUGUGUGUGUGUGUGUGUGUGUGUGUGUGUGUGUGUGUGUGUGUGUGUGUGUGUGUGUGUGUGUGUGUGUGUGUGUCCAUGUCAUUGUUUGACUGUGUGCCCAUCCUCACUUUCCUUAUUUUUCCACUCCUCCCCACUCCCCACUCCCAGCACAUCAGCUCUGUCGCUAUAGUGACAGUGCUGGUCUUCUGGUUUUGGCUUCUAAUUGAGCUCAAAUGAAACAACCGGUCACCACCCCUCCCUCCCAGUCUCUCACAGCUCCUCAUGACAGUUGCUUAGCUUAUUAUUCUCAGCGUUUUCAGUGGGGUUUUUUUUUGCGCCAGUUAAUAGACCAAAGUCUUUAUCCAGUCUCAUCAGCCGUAAUUAAAGCUGCUGAUGGCUCCCUUUCAUUUCUCUCUCCAUCCAUACUCUUCUGUCCACAAAGUCCAGCUGUGGAAGCUGAGGAUGUUUAAUACUGGGCGCUGGCUGUUUCAUAAUCUGUCACUUUAUUAUCAUGAAAGGUGAACUAGCUUAUAUGUGAUAAUUAAGGAUUUAGCUAAUUUACUGAAAAUACUUACACAAUUCAACUUUACAUUACCCCGUGUCUUAAUCUGUUCGGCCAUCGCAAACAAUAAUUCAGCCCUUAUAGGCAACAUCCUGUAUUUCUACCACUGCACUGUUCCAUGUGCUGGUGAUUGUUAACAAUCCCCCUGCCAACUUGGAACACAUAAACUGAUUUGGAUUUGAAAGAUGUUAUUUAAAGUAAUUUUGUUUUCUCCCAUAUAUCUGUUUGGAGAGAUUGAUUAUAUGCGUCAUAGAUAUCAGACAAUAGCUGAUUUUAAAAUUUCAUUUUGACCAAGGCUCUUCUUUUGGUCUCCAAAUAGAGGAUUUUUCUGCAAACAAUCAAAUCCCACUCAAACAUGAGUCAUGAAUACUACUCGGGCUACAAGCUGGACCAGAUUUCAUGACAUACGAAUCAUGACACGGUGCAUCAUGACAAGACAUAUCGUGAAAUGACUCAUCAUAACAUGACCGAGCAGUAACCUCCAUUGUUGAAAAUAAAGCCAAUGUGGAGGUGAGAAAACAAUUGUUCCUUAAGUGUCCACUUGAGACUGGCUCCAAAAGCCAGAUCAUUCCCAUUUGGACCCAUGUCACAUCAGAAAUGAAAAUGUUUACAGCCUGGUAUAAAAUGGGUUUGGUCUAUAUAGCUAAUUUCUUUAUUGUUCAAAACUGUACAGGGGGUAUCAUGACAUGAUGUUCAUAACCUACUGCAUCAUAAAUAAACAUCACACAGCAAAAUCACAGAGCCUAUCAUACGUUUACCUUUAGCCCCUAACCUGACAGUUGUGCUCUGAUGUGUGCAGCUAUGGCUUUGUUAGCACCAUUAGCAUCAUUAUACUCAGUUGCUGAUAUGUGCACUGUUUCGCUUCAUGGACUGUUAUCACAGGAAUGAUCAAGUUUAAUGACAAGGUGUCAUAUUGAGUUUUUUUUAAAUCUUUAGGGAGAAGCCUCCCAUAAACCCAGUCUACCCUGAUCAGAUGAUCAAACUGUUUUCUGCCAGCAAGUGUUGCUGUGGAAUCAAAUGUAAAUACUGUAUGUAUUGUGUCUUUAAUGAAAGAAAAAAUGAAUAAACUAUAUGUUAAUAUAUGUUGGAAUAAAUUUAUGCACCACA